AUGCUGGAAUGGAACAAGUCCAAGUCUUCAUUCGACGAGCAAUCCGAGCUUCCUCUGUACAACAAGCACUUCACCCGUCACAUCUCGCCCGCCCAGUCGAUAGGCCUCACAUCGCGUGCCACCUCCCUCAGUCCGACUGCCACUUUUGGCACCUUACCACCCACUUACGCGGAUACUCAGUCGCCUGCGCAAGAGAAAAUCAGCCUUUGUUCGCGCCAGUUAAAGCUCAAGCCCCACGGUGAUGGAACCCCCGAGACGGCUGAGGGAUCGCCCUCGAAAUUGAAGGUCGCUGCUGUGAUCCUGUUCUACUUAGUCGCGGCCAUUGUCAUGGUAUUUGCAAACAAGUGGGUUCUACGCGCGACCGCAAUACCGAUAACAUUUCUGUUCUGUCAACUACUACUCGCGACGGCUUUACUCAAACUAGCCGGCCUGAUGGGCUUCUUGGAGAUACCCACGCUGGAUCUGAAGAUGGGCCAAAAAUUGCUUCCGCUGAUUUCUAUCAACGUUAUUGGCCUGAUCUUCAACACCUUCUGUCUUCAAUAUGUCGAUGCCUCUUUCUAUCAAAUCGCCAGAGGACUUGUCCUCCCCUUCACCGUCCUAGCAUCCUACCUCUUCCUUCACUCCCGCCCGAGUCCCAAUAUUCUGUCAACCGUUCUAGUCGUCUGCGUUGGAUUCCUUUGGGGCGUGCGAUCAAACCAUCUCUAUACCUCCCGGAUCGGUGUCGCGCUUGGAGUGCUCAGCAGCAUUACCACUUCGGUUCAUGCCAUCGUCGUCAAGCGUUCAUUAUCGGUCACAAGCUCAGCAAUCGAACUGUCGUAUUACAACAACCUCGUCUCGGCCAUCUUCUUGCUGCCGUUGAUCCCAUUCACCUCGGAAAUCAGCACCUUCAGUGCCCUUCUAUCAGAAGGCGGACGAGACCUUAAUACGUUUUUGGUCGGCGCUCUUGUCACUGGGCUCUUCGGCUUCCUAAUCUCGCUGGCUGGAUUCUUAUCAAUCAAGAUCACCUCUCCGGUAACCCACAUGGUUUCCUCGGCCGUCCGUGGCGUCCUGCAGACGAUUUUGGGCGCGGUCUUGUUUGGUGAUAUCAUCACAUUGAAUAGAUUCGUCGGUAUUGUCGUCAUUCUCGGGGGGUCGGUCGCGUAUACUGCGGUCAAAGACCAAGAGGCUCGUCCCGAGAAGUAUCACCUGACAACAAGAAAUAGACCUUCACAGCCGCUUCUCCCCAUUGUAUCCCAAUCAAAAAGCCCCAACAACCUAACAGCAUUAAAAGCUGUCUGUUGA